CAGGCCUUCGCGACGCCACCAACAUACCGUGAACUCGGCCCGUUGGGAGCGGUCGUCUCGUGCCUGUCUAUGAAAGCGAGGCCACAUCCCCCGGAAUCUCGCACCUAGCCAUCAGCUUCUUCUCUCCUAAGUCUUCGACUGAUCCUUCAAUCAUGGCCUACACAGCAAACUCCCGCCGCAAGCGCAGUCGCGCGUUCAAUGACGCUGAGCGAGCUCGCAACCGCCAGAAGUGGGGAGAGCCCUAUUUUGAGGUCAUCGAGGACUCCUCCCCUCCCGAGGUCAUCAUCGACGACGACGAGGACUCCUUGCCACCCCGUAAGGUUGUCGUCAAGGAAGCCUCCCCUGCCGAUGUCAUCAUCAUCGACGACGACGAGGACCCCUUGCCUCCCAGCAAAGUUAUCGUCAAGGACGCCUCCCCUCCCGAGGACAUCAUCAUCGACGACGACGGGGACCCCUUGCCUCCCCGCAAAGUUAUCGUCAAGGACGCCUCCCCUCCCGAGGUCAUCAUCAUCAACGACGACGAGGACUCCUUGUCUAUCUGCAAGGUCAAGGACGCCUCUCCUCCCGAGGACAUCGACAAGGACACCUCUCCUCCCCGCGAGGCCAUCGUCAUCGAGGACGGGAGCGGCCCCUUCCAUCAGCCGGGCACAGCCCCUGAGGCCUUGGCCCUUGGCCGACAGCGGUCUACCCCCCUCGCAGAGGCCAUCACCGACGACGACAGUAGUCGAGCGACUGGACAUCAGUCGGAGACCGUGAAUGUGUCCCCGUUCUCCUCACCGUCUCCUGCCUGCUUACCAGCACAGCAGGUACGAGGGGAACGGUGGAUUGUGGUGACGGGCGCAGGGAUCAGCACACAAGCAGGUCUACCAGAUUUCAAAUCUCGGAAGGGGAAGGGUCUUCGAAAGCUCUUCGACGCCGCUAUGUUGCGUUCCCCCGACACGGCUCAGGAGUACCUGGACAAAGUCAGGGAUUUCCAGGAGAAGGUGAAUGCUGCCUCACCUACAUCGACUCACGAGUUCAUCGCCGAGCUGAGAUCGACUGGCCGGCUGCUAAGGACUUACACCCAGAACAUCGAUGGGCUGGAAGAGAAGGCUGGACUACCUUGCGGUCCUGCUGGUUCUGCUAUUUGCGUUCAGCUGCAUGGUUCCGUCCAUUCUUUGCGAUGCUCUCUCUGUCUCCAGGUGUCUCGGCCUUCGCUUGGCGAUGUGGCUCCCGGAAGCGAAUGCCUCCUCUGUGGAGGCAGGGCGAAGGAAAGGAUAGAUGCAGGGAAACGGAGGUGCGCGAGUGGCAUUCUCCUCCCCGAUAUUCGACUCUACAACGAGGAGCACCCCGACGGAGAUCUGAUUGCUGAGGCAGUACGUCAAGAUCUCGGACAGCAGCCAGACGUGCUGUUGAUCAUGGGGACGAGCCUCCGCGUGCCAGGAGUUAAGUGGUUAGUCAGAGUCUUGGGAAAUGCGGUUCGAGAUAAUGGCUGGAAAACGGUGUUGGUCAACAGAGAUCCCCCUCCACCGCCACUCCGGGGUCUUGUUGAGUGGCUUGCGAUGGACUGCGAUGAGUGGGUGAAUAGACAGCUUCGAUAUUGAUUUGGGGACGAAGUACCUCCAUAAAUCUGCCAUUGCCCUCCGCGGUCAAC